AUGGUUCCUUCUCGUUUCAUUUUCAACGACGUGGAUAUGGAAGCGUGGAAGACUUCUUCGUUGAAGUUGGAUUUGUUGAAGGUGGUUGGUGCGAUGGGGAAGAGCUGUGCUGCCGGCAACAGUGAAUUCCACUACGACCCCUCGUGUCCUUUGACGGGUCUGAGUCCUGCCAUGGCUGCGUUGCACGGCAGUUUGACAGAGGCGUUGACUUGGCUCGAACAAGACAUUCCUCCACUCGAGUUGUCAGAUACGACUACUGGUACUAGUAGUCAAAUUCGAUUUGGAAAUCCAGCAUUCAAAUCGUGGCACACUCGAUUGAAGGAACGAAGUUUGGCCAUUGUCACGCAAAUGUUCAGACAGCACCAGCUAUACACAAAGCAACAGCAACAACAAGAGCAACAACAAGAGCAACAAGAUCUGACACUCGACCAAAUUGAACAGGCAGCUCAAAAAGGAGUUCAAGCAGCUUCUGAUUCAAAGUCAGAAUCAAAUUCAAUUGCAGAAUCAGAAGCCGAGUAUCCCAUUCUACUGGAGCUCUCCUGCUAUUUACACGAUGCUUUUGGUCACCCCAUUCGACUCGACUAUGGAACUGGACAUGAAUCCAGUUUCAUGAUCUUCUUGUAUGCUGCAGUCAAAUUGGGAUGGAUGGAUCAUACGGUAGAUCCGGCCAAAAAUCCACCUUCGAUCGACAAACUAAAGGCUGCCACCAUUUCCAUUUUCCACGCUUAUCUACAAGUCACACGACAAUUGCAGCUCAAAUACAGAUUAGAACCAGCUGGAUCGCACGGUGUGUGGGGAUUGGACGAUUAUCAUUGUUUGCCAUUCUACUUUGGGGCUUGUCAGUGUUCCGCAUCAUCUAUACUACCGCCCAGUGGAGACGAAAUGCCAAAGCCCAAUGAAAUCACUGAGGAACGAGCCAGAAAGAGACAUGCAAAAUCACUACUCUAUUUCAGUUGCAUGGAUUAUAUUUGCACACUCAAACGAGGAGCUCCACUCUUUGAAUGCUCACCCAUGCUAUACGAUAUCAGUCAGACAUGCCCCACAUGGAGCAAGGUCGCUUCGGGACUACUCAAAUUGUAUACAGGAGAAGUACUCGACAAACGACAAGUCGUGCAGCAUUUCGUUUUUGGACAAAAACUAUUCAAGGCCACCUGGGAACCCUCUCGGACGGAACCGCUACAAGCACCCACCACUAAUUUUCGUCUUGCAGCUGUCGCUCCCAUGGUCAGGGCACCCUGGGCGUCCGAAACAGCAUCCAUUCCUCCGGGGGGACUUCCCAUGGGAGUAGCUCCUUGGGCCCGUUACGAGAAUGCGAUGUCAAGACAAAGCACCAUGGCAGACAUGCACUAA